AUGAAUUUCAGAUAAGAUCAAAUUGAUUAUAAGGAUCUGGUGCGAAGGAGAGAGGAGAAACGCCAGGUCGUUGGAAAGAAGAAGAAUCAAUUUGCUACAAGUAUCAAGCUUAUUUACAACUUAGAUUCACUUUCAAAUAAUGAAGAGGUGUACAAACAGUUAUAUCGCUUUGAUCCAGAGAGAGAAUUAUAAGAAUACAGUCUAGCUAAGAAUGAGGAAUAGCCUAUUUAGCAAGCUGGACCCAUUGAAUAAUCGCAAGAGGAGCCAAUCGAAGAGGAGGAGCAAGCUUAGCCAGACAAUGUUACAUAUACAGGAAUGGUGAAGGGAUUAUUUAAAGAGAAGGUGCAAGUGUCUAAAAUACAAAAAGCCAAUUACAUAGAUGCUACUGUCUUCCAUUAAUAUUAGAAAUUAAUUUAAACUGGGGAAGACGCCAUCAAAUUUUUUGCUAAGUAUGGAAACACUACUCCAAUUAAAUUUAUUAAUUGUGUGAGCAAAGCUGGAUUUAUUGAACUCUAAUGUGAAGCUUACAAUAAGAAAGAGAAAUUAAGGCGUCAAAGUAAUACUGACAGCGCUGAACUUGAGUUGCCUAUGGAAUUCAAUAAAAGUAAAGAGCCCUUCCGACCUUAUGAUCUAAUUGUUGUCAAAACAAGGGAGAAUCAAAAGGAAUAAACAUUAAGAGAAUAUUAUACUAUAUCUGCCCAUGGAAUUGUCCAUGUUUAUACUGAUAAAGGAAAGAAGAGAAUGCAAGGGGAUUCUAGCACUGAAGUCAUCUCACUUUCUGAUUGGAUGCAUGAGAGUACUAUGUUCAAUAUUAUCACCAAUAUUUAAUUUUUCAAAAAUUAUGCCAUAACCAAAAUCUUUAAUAUUUGGAAAUCCAAUGUCAGAUACAAUCUAUUUAGUAAGACCAGAAAAAGGUUGAUACAUGAAUCCUUUGUAGCUAAACCAGCCUUUGCUCAGCACUUGAUGGACAUCAAUCAAAUGAUGUAUGAAUUACAACUCCAGAAAACCCUAAGUAACAGUAUUCAAUAAGCCAAUAAAACUUGGGAAGCUGAUGACUUCUUCAAAGGAGAUUAGAAGAAAGCCAGAUCAGAUGCCUCUAAGCAUUAUGAUUCUGUGAUUGAUAAAGUCUUAUAAAAAUUAGACACUGUCUGUAAAGAAGUUAUUGAUAGGACGAACCAAAACAAUUAAUAAGAAAAUGAAGAAGCCAGAUUUGGAUAAUAAGUCAAAUAGAAACCUAUGAAUGAAGAGAGGAAGGAAAAGGAGGAAAACGCUUUGCUUUUACAAUUGGCAGAAAAAGACAAAGGCAGAUUACAUUUGUUCAUCAAAUUGGUCGAUUAUAUGACAGUUGAAACACUAGUGUCUAUCAAUCAGACAUCUAUGAGUAUGUUAUUAGAGGAAAUGAAAAAGGAACGUAAAAAUGGAUUGUUCAAUACAGCAGUUAAUUUUGAUGUUUAAAUAUUCACACCUGACGAAAAAGAAAUCUCAGAACAUCUGAAAUGCUUAUUAGAUGACAUGAUUGUGGUUAUGAGAAAUACUGCUAGAGUAAUAUCUCAUUAAAGUAUGAUUGGAUACAUAAAGAACACUAAACUAGGAGAAUUGCUAUCUGAGUAAAAAGAAAAUAAGGAUUGCAUUGCUGAUGUCCAAGGUAUCAUUACUGAUAGCAUUGAAUAUUAAAAUAUCAAAAAUGAAAUAUUUGAAAAAGUAACUAAUGAUUUUCUAGCUGCAGAAGCCUAUGUCACUACAAAUUACAUGAAAUGUAAACCAAUUUAUGAAUUUUUAAAUACUUGGAAUUAAGGCGACUUUGAAAAAGAAGAACACACACUCGAUAUCAUCAAAUCUCAUGUUAUAGAACUGAAAAAAUGGUUGUAGGAUAUCAAUUUUUAUAUUAAAGAUAUCGCUAAAGGAAUUCUUAAUGUAGAUGGCAAGAAAAUUAAAAACAAACUCUAACCAUAAGUUAUUACCAAAUUAGAAAAUUUUAAAGAUUACUUAUAUAAAUUGAUGUAAAAGAAAGCAAAUCAAACUUUAACCACUUUAUAGACAUACACAUCAAAUUUAUCUAAGAAUCCCUAAAAUCUUAAAGAAUAUGCUGAAUUUAUAGAGGCAAUUUAAGAAGCUGAAUAAAAUAUCAAAGGACUAGAAAUAGCGAAAAUAGAAGUUGAAGCUAUGCAUUCUUUGUUAAAAUCGAAAUUUGACUUGAAUCCUUUGAAAAACUCUGAUAUUGUAAUGAUGGACGAUAUUCAAGCUGAAUAUUUAAGAUUGACUUUGAAAAUUAAAGAAGCGGAAGAGUUAUGUAAAGAAAGAAAAUAAGAAAUGAUGAAAAAGCAUGAGGCGGAAUUCGCCAAAUUCAUUACCAAUAUUCAAAAUACCACUUCAUCAGUUAAUAAAGGAAAAUUAAUAUUAGAGGAUACUUAACCUGCAGAUGCACUACAAUAAUUAAAUGAAAUCAAACUCAGAUCUUUAGACAGAUUCAAAGAGAUGGAUAAGAAUUAUUUGCACUAUGCCAAAUUAAUGGGAUUGAGUGUUUCAACAAAUAGAGAUUUACAAGAAUUGGAAGCUACUUAUAAUGAUCGAAGGAUGCUUUGGACUCACUCUGAUAAAUUCAACAAAUUAUAUGAAGAUUUGUAAAAAAACAUAUUUACCACAUUGAAUGUUGAGGAAAUAGAAAAAGAAAUGAAAAGCUAUGAAAUUGGAAUUUUGAAGUUAAGAUAAAACAUCAAUAAUCUAUCAAAGGAAGGAAGAGAUAAAGUAUUAGAUCAGCAUGCUACUAGAGUCAGUAGUGUUUCAAAUAUUAUGCCUGUGAUAUAAGCAUUAGGAAAUAAAGAUCUAAGACCUAGACAUUGGAAGAAAAUAUUUGAAGACUUAGGAUCAUCUUGGUAACCAGGAAAAACAUUUACACUCUAAGAGUUGCUAGCUGAUGGUGUUAUGAAUAAGAAGGAUAAGAUAGAAGAAAUAUCAGCCAAGGCAUCAGGUGAAGCUAGUAUUGAAGCAUAAAUUGAAGAUAUUAAAUCAAAGUGGUCAUAAUUAUCAUUCAUAGUCAAUCAUUAUAGAGAAGCUAAGGAUAAAUUUAUUAUUGGUUCUUUAGAUGAUAUUAUUGCAGCAUUAGAUGAUCAUUAAUUAAAAGUCUAAACUAUGUUGGGUACUAGAUUUGUUGCUGAAAUCAGACCAGUUGUCGAGGAGUGGGAAAGAAAGUUAGUUCUCAUUUCAGAUAUUAUUGAUGAAUGGCUAUCUUGUCAAAGAUAAUGGAUGUAUUUAGAAAACAUUUUCAGUGCUGAUGAUAUUUAAAAAUAAUUACCAUUAAGAAACAACUAAAUUUAUGGACAUUAUGAUGAAAACAUUCAAAAGACCAUUAGUAUAAGAUUGUUGUAAUUACUGAAAGAAUUAUUAAAGAAGUUUUAGAUUAAUAAUAAAAUAUUGGAAGAUAUUUAAAAGAGCUUAGAUAAUUAUCUAGAAACAAAGAGGUAAGCAUUUCCAAGAUUUUACUUUUUGUCAAAUGAUGAGUUAUUGGAAAUUUUAUCAUAAACUCGUAAUCCUCAUGCAGUUUAAGCUCAUUUAAGAAAGUGUUUUGAUAACAUAAAUAGAAUAAAAUUCUCUGAUAUAGAAGAUUCAACUGAAAUUAUUGCAAUGUAAUCAGCAGAACCAGAGACAAUGCCUGACAAUUAGUUCCAAUUUUCAACAAUAGUUAUGGCUUAAGGUCCAAGAAUUCAAAAUAUGAUGGUUAAAUCAUUAUAUGAUAUUACUAAGAAGGCAUAUUUAGCAUAUCCAUAAAAGGAAUUAGAGAGAGAUGAGUGGUUAUUCGACUACCCAGCAUAACCAGUUUUGACAGUAGAUUUGAUAAAAUGGACAGAAGGAUGUACAACAGCAAUUGAGAGAAUGGGUAUGGGUAGAAAGACAUCAUUAUCAUAAUAUUACGAUUUUAUGGUCUAAUUAUUGAAUAGGGAAGUAUCAAUUGUGAGAGGAGAUCUGAAUACACUUCAAAGAACAUUGAUGGGUGCUUUGAUUGUGUUGGAUGUACAUGCUAGAGAUGUUGUUGCAACUAUGGUUGAUAAGAAUGUAGCAUCUUUGAAUGAUUUUGAAUGGGCUAAGCAAUUGAGAUAUUAUUGGGAGGCAGAUGUAGACAAUUGUGUAGUCAGAUAAACCAAUACAAGAUUCAUUUAUGGUUAUGAAUACUUGGAUAAAUGUUAUAUGACAUUGACCGGAGCAUUACAUUUAAAUUUUGGAGGUGCUCCUGCAGGACCUGCUGGUACUGGUAAAACUGAAACAACUAAGGAUUUGGCUAAAGCAUUAGCUGUUCAAUGUGUGGUGUUUAAUUGUUCUGAUGGUUUGGAUUUCAAAACAAUGGGUAGAUUCUUUUCAGGAUUAGCAUAAUGUGGAGCUUGGGCAUGUUUCGAUGAAUUUAAUCGUAUAGAUAUUGAAGUCUUGUCAGUCAUAGCCUAAUAAAUAUUAACCAUCUAAUAGGCUAUUAGGUAGAAAGUGGAUCAAUUUGAUUUUGAAUCUCGUACAAUUCCUUUGAAUAGAAGAUUUGGAGUAUUUAUUACAAUGAAUCCAGGAUAUGCAGGUAGAACUGAAUUACCAGAUAAUCUUAAGGCUUUAUUCAGACCAGUAGCUAUGAUGAUUCCCGAUUAUGCUAUGAUUGCAGAAAUCAUUCUAUUUUCAGAAGGAUUUGAAGGUGGUAGAAUAUUAGCUCGUAAGAUGGUUAAUUUAUAUUCAUUAUCAUCUGAACAAUUAAGUAAACAAGAUCAUUAUGAUUUUGGUAUGAGAGCAGUCAAAUCAGUAUUGGUUAUGGCAGGUGCCUUACGUAGAAAGAAUGCAAAUAAACCUGAGAAUGAAGUGCUUAUAAAAGCAAUGAAGGAUAGCAAUGUACCAAAGUUUCUUGAGCAUGAUCUACCAUUAUUCAAUGGAAUCAUCAAAGAUUUAUUCCCAGAAGUGGAUAUGAAAGAAGAAAUCGAUAAAUAAUUAGUUGAUGCUAUUACAAAUUAACUCAAAUUAAUUCACUAUGAUGAUCCAGCUGCAUAUAAAAAGAAGAUCUGCUAAUCUUGA